UCGUAAUUUCGACAUUUUACAGAGGCAUUGAAUUCAUCCUUCCUAUAAGAGGUGAACUUUGUAACUCAUACAGCGAGGUGAAGGAGGGAAAUAAGACUAUAAUCAAAUUCAGUUCAAACAAUUUAGUGAUCUGUCAGCAGCUUAAGAAAAAAGAGAAAAUGCCCCCCAAAACUAUCCGGACGGCUCUGGCAGACAUGCUGGAGGACUUGUCAAAGGAGGACUUUGCGAAGUUCCGCCACCAGCUGCUGGACCGCAGAGAGGAGCCGCGGGUCAGACGCAACAGGGUGGAGGGGAAAAGCUACUUGGACAUCGUGGACGUCCUGGUUGCAACGUUUACUGAGCCUGGAGCUCUCGAAGUGGCUGUGGAGAUACUGACACAGAUUGACUGCAACCAGGCGGCACGGGCACUCGGUGAAGAGACAGCUGAAUAUUUGCCCAAACCUGGUCCCAGUGACCCUGCAGGACCCUCGGCUGGAGGAGCUGGUGUCAGCAAUAUGGCAGAUGGCGGGCACUUUGUGGAUAAACAUCAAGUCGAGCUGAUCAAGAGAGUGAGCAACAUUUCACCAAUUCUGGACGAGCUCCUCUACAGGAAAGUCAUCUCGGCGGAGAUUUAUGAUACAAUCAGGGCUGUGCGUACCACUCAGGAUAAGAUGAGGGAGCUCUUCUCUGGUCCCCUGAAAGCCAGCACAGCCUGCAAAGAUGUCCUCUACAAAGUCCUUGAGGAAAAUGAGCCAUAUCUCAUUGAUGACCUCAAGAAGAAGUAAAUGUUAUGAAAUCCAUAUCGAGACCAAACAUACAGUCUACCUGAACACAACAUGUUUUAAUACAGCUAAUACUUUGGGGGGUUUUUUUCUAAUUUUUUUUUUUGAUUAUUGGAUUUCGUUUAUCAGAGAUUCGUCAACUCUUAAAUUUGUUUAAAUGAGUAUGGUGUGUGGUGCCUUCGCUGCCCUGAUCUGUGAGGCUCAUGUAAUUGUUUAAUUUUUUUAAAACCAGAUUUAUCAGACAAUCCUGUAAGAAGUGAAUGAUCUCACCAAACAUGUAAUGUUUUUAUCCAACAAAUAACAAAUGGAAUGAGAGCCUGUUUUUAACCUUAUUGUCUUAUGUAAACUAAAACAGAAGUAUCCAAAUGAUCAUCCAUCAUGUUUGCAUGUAAAGUAGGUUAAAACUUUAAUUCAUGCCAAAAAUGCUAAAAUAUGUUUGUGAUUGUUUUAUGACUUUUAUUCUGUCCAAGAAAAAUAUACAUUUAUUUUUGGGGGUCUUUCAAAGAUGUUUUCUAUUUUGAAAUUUCUAAUAAAAUCUUUUGUGUGGUUCUUACA